AUGCCUGGGGCAGCACUUCCUCCUUUCCCUGACAACAUAAAAACGCAUCCUCUCCUAGUUAUUGACUAUGCACUCGUUAAAAUCGGGAGCAAGGAUGAAAUUGACAGGCUUUGGGAGGCUGCUACGCAUCUGGGAUUCUGGUAUCUGAAGAAUCAUGGAGUGGAUAUCGAAGUGGAAGGAAUGUUUGAUACGGCGACGGAAAUAAUGAGUCUCCCGCUGGAGGAGAAGAUGAAAUGGGACCAAGGGGACAGUGGCAAGUCAUUUGGAUACAAGGCGAGGGGUGCAGUUGUGAUGAAUGAGUACGGUGACACCGAUAAUGUCGAAUGGUUCAACGUCUCGAAGGAAGAUGCUCUAGCAUAUCCCAAAGUCAUACAUCGCACCUAUCCAGAACCAGUUAACGCACGUAUGGAAUCAACUAUAACUCCGUUCGUGCGUAAGUCGACCGAAGUCCUUGAGACCAUCCUUUCUGUCUUUGAGAAGAGGCUUGGCCUCCGAAGCAAUGCACUCCUCGACUUGCACCCCAGGUCAGAGCAUAGCGGGUCAGAGACCCGUGUCAUUAAGAGUCCUCCGACACACAUGAACAUGGACGGCCACGUCGAGAAGAGCAAAGUAUCAAUCGGUGCUCACACUGAUUUCGGAUCCCUUACAUUCCUGCACAAUCGACUCGGUGGAUUACAAGUACUGCCUCCAGGCACCGAAGAAUGGCAGUAUAUUCUCCCUAUUCCCGGAUACGCAAUAUGUAACAUUGGAGAUUCGUUAUCCUUGCUCUCGGGUGCUCCUGGCAUGCAGGGUGUUCACCCUCGUUGGUCAGUCGUUUUCUUUUUGAGGCCUUCCAAUAAUGUGCUGCUCCGAGCUUUGGACGAGGGUAACAUAGUGAAAGAAGCUCUUUCACAUAUGAAUUCUGAGGAGAGAGCGAGGUAUAAUCCUGGUGUAACGCAGGGUGAAUGGUUCGCUAGAAGAAUGAAGUUCACAAGGCUUAAUAAUAUCAAGAGCCCAGAGACAUUCCUUGCGAGCAGGGGAAUGGAGCACAAACCUAAAGCAAUAUGA